ACAGUUUGGCGCGUAAGUUAGAGGCAAGAGUGAGCAAUCAGCAAUGGCGAAGGUGAUAGAGCAAGCAAUAGCAUCUUCGACUAACAACUUGGUUUUUGUAUGCCGCAACCCUUUCAUGAACACUCGCGUGUGUACCUCCCGAUUGGGCUUUCAACGGCGCCCUUUCAAAUGCUCAGUGGAGUACAAUAACAACAACAAUAGCGACGGCAACUACUUCCAGCACUACCACCAAGCGGCGGCGUUCCCUCGACCGGCGGAGAUUCAGUGGAAGAAGGAACUGUGUAAUACGGUGCAACUCAUUGGCAUCGUUGGUCUUCCUGUUGAAAUCAAGCACUUGCCCUCCGGAAAGGUCGUCGCCUGGACUCGCCUUGCCGUCAAGAAAUCUUCCACUGACACUUCAUGGAUCAAUCUGACAUUUUGGGAUGAACUAGCAAAUAUUGCUUCUCAGCAUGUCGAAAAAGGCCAACAAAUAUAUGUUUCCGGACGUCUGAUUUCAGAUACUGUUGAAAGUGAUGAUGGUAAACAGCAGACAUACUACAAGGUCGUUGUUCAGCAACUGAAUUUUGUUGAAAAAAAUUUCUCAUCGGGAACCUCCAACGACCGUGUUUCCGACUCCACAAUACCAGGUAGGAAGUUUGCAGCAAAUGCAAAUAGUGAUGAAACAGUUGAGCAAUUAUGGCAAGCCUACUUUGCUAAUCCAGUGGAAUGGUGGGAUAAUAGGAAAAAUAAGAGGAACCCAAAAUAUCCAGACUUUAAACACAAAGACACUGGAGAAGCCUUGUGGAUAGAGGGCAGGUCCAACCCACCAUGGGUGAAGGGCCAACUUGCCAUUCUAGAUUCAAGAAUGGGGUCUUUUAAUGGCCAAGAUAGCAGAAUGGACGCAAACUUAGUGGUUGGAGAAAACUUUUCUCUUUUCUAAAUGGUUAUGAUAUUAGCUAUUUUGUCCCGGGGCUAGUGGGUAAUUUGUUGUAUAGAAAUACUUCUUUUUGAUUGAGAUCUGAAAGAUUCUGAGCAAGCUUAUUUCUUUGUUCUUAUUAUGUAUUGCAAAAUUUACUUGUGUGUCAUGGUUUCUCCUUUCUUUCUUGGCUAGCUCUAUAAAUUAUAUUAUAUCCAUGGGCCAGUAUAAUAAAAAGAUUUGACUUGAGUA